AUCCAUUUAUUAGUUUUUAUUUUGUGUUUAAACCAAAACCAAAACCAAAAUCUUUGUUAUUCACGCAAACUGCAUCACCUCCUUCCUUAUCUUCUCCGAUUCUAAGGUGUAGUAGUGUCUGCUGCUUCACAAUCACUCCUUUGUUUCAGCUCAAAUCUGCAAAUUGGAUAUAGAAGAGUUGUUAUUACAAGCUUCCAUUCAUUAAAGUUUACGAUUUUGUGGCUUUCGAACAGUUGUAUGGGGAAUUGCAUAGCUAAGUCUCAAGCUAAGGAUAAUGAUUCCGAUCAUGAUGUGGAGUUUGCUGGUGGGAAUGUGAAACUUAUUACCACCACAGAAUCUUGGGACCAGAAAUUGGAAGAAGCAAGGAGGGAUGACAAAAUUGUCAUUGCAAAUUUCAGUGCAACAUGGUGCGGUCCUUGUAAGAUGAUUGCGCCAUAUUACUGCGAGUUAUCUGAGAAAUACACAUCUAUGAUGUUCUUAUUAGUUGAUGUGGAUGAGCUAACUGACUUCAGCACAUCAUGGGACAUCAAAGCCACACCAACUUUCUUCUUCCUUAAAGAUGGACAACAAAUUGAUAAACUUGUGGGAGCCAACAAGCCAGAGCUGCUGAAGAAAAUUGUUGCAAUUACUGAUUCAGUUCCUGAGUAUAAGCAGUGAGUGUUGUUCAUUCCUGGGGUCAUGAGUGUUCUUACAUGUCUUUUUUCCGUGAGUAUCUUUGUAAUUUUGUCCUUGGAUGUAAAUACAAGACUUUUCACAUUAAUGUCUAUCAUUCAAAGGGGUAUUGCUGUAGUUAAACAAUCCUGUUUUGCUAAU